ACGUGUCCCGAGUUGGUCAGUGCUCUGCCGGCAACACGGUGCCACUCAGAGCCCACGGGCAACGUGCCGGGGAAAACUAAUUAAGCCGGCCUUGCCAAUUAGUGCAACUGAAUGGCUCAGGACUUUCUAAUUAGUUUAAAUUUCACAAGACUGUUUUCCAAACGAGUCUCCGGGAGCCGCUCUCAGCCCAGCGACCCGAGGACGGCCGCCGGGUCGUCUCUUGCAGCCAGGACAUGACCUUCUCCGCUCUGCCAUCUGGAUCCGACCCCGUGCAGGACCCAAAGUGCUGCAGGGCAUCGGUUGUGCCUGGCCAGAGCCACUGCCACCCACAGCCUGAGAACGAGCAACUCGUGACACCAAAUGGGGAACUCCUUGUCAGACAGCUCUGGGGGCCCAGCACCCCCCGGCUCUUUCCUGCUCGCGUCAGGCUGAGCUUGCCCGCUGCAGCGGCUCCACCCGGGCAGGCGUUACUUCCAAACCCAGGAAUGGAAAACGACCCGAAGCUGCAGCAAAACUGAAUAUUUAUCCGCGUUUUUCUCCCCGCCCUGAGGGGCUGCGCUGGGUGUCUCGGAUCACUGCAAAAACCCCCCUGGGAUGCUGCGUGCCCCGGCGCGUGAGCCGGGAGAUGUGGUUAGAAACCAUCUUCUCCUUCUGCCGCGCAAGAAACAACGCCGGCGAUGGCAGGAAAUCUUUUCUUUCUGCAGUUUGAAGGUUUUCGGACGGCUGCUCUCCGGGCUGGCAGCCCCGGGGGCAGCUCAGCCUCUGGCAGGGCCGAAGCUUUCCAGGCUUUGGCAGCAGCCUGGCGUGGCAGAGCCCCAGCUAUUGCCUUUUUUAAUUUUUUUUUUUUUCAACCAAAACCCUAGAAUACCGACUAAAAAAAAAAAAAGUCAUAACCCAAGAGCGUUGGGAGCCAGGCGGCCGCCUCCUCCCUGUGUUUCCCCGGCUAUCGGGAGAUCUGGCAGGAAAGGACGCGGUGCCCUUAUCGGCGCACACACAUUCCCUGCCCUCUUGGCAGCCGGGACGCCCAGAGGUUUGCGCCGUAAACAUAUUUUGCUCGAGCAGGCGGCCGGGGUUGAGCUAAGGAUAACCGGCUCGGCAGGAACCACAGAACCCCCCGCCCCCCCAAACAAUCCCAUUUUUUGCAUCAAACCCCGACCCGUGAACGCAGGGCUAGGACUGAUCCCGGAGCAAGCGACCAGCAACGAAUACGAGACCAAAAGCAAUUUCUUCCCCCCUCUGAGAUCUGCUCCCCCCGCUGUUUACCAACUCUUUGCAAGCAGAUUGACUCUCCCUCAUUUUUUCACACACAAAACCGCCGGGAAAGCGGAGGGAACCGGCUCGGGGCCCCCCGGGACCAUCCGGCAGCGCCCUCCCUGCCGGCACUGCCCGCCACAGCCACCUCCAACCGGCUGGGACCCCCCGGCUAUCGCCGCCUCCAUCGCCGGCCGGGAUACGGGGGCAUUUACACAGCUGCUCAGCAGGAAAAUCCAUCUCCCUGCUCUACAUAAACCCUGGCUUUUAAAAGUAAUUGGGUGCAGGCUUGCUAAUGAGGUCACUGGAUGGGGAGGGGGUUUAAUUGGAAGCUCCUGGCGAUGCUGGGCAUGCCUAGAGCUGCUUUGGAUCCUUCUUCUCCUCCCCCAAACUGGGUUUGCCCUGAGGGGUUUUUUUUUUGUUGAAAUCAGCUCCAAAUUGCUGCUGCUUGUUGGGGGGAAAGAAAAAAGGCGCACAACCCCGUUUCUGGAGACUUUGGGAUUGGGGAGUGGGAGGAGGGAUGGGAGCGGUGGGGUUUGCCAGGGUUGCCCCAUCGCAGGAGCUGCCCUGGGAGGGGGACCGAGGCGGCAGGGGACAAGGAGCAGCGGGGGUGAUGGCCCUUUGCCUCUUGGCUGGGGACGGCUGUGUCCCCACCGGCACCCAGUGGCAGUGCUGCUUCCCUCCUCCCUGGUGCCAAACGCCCUGCGCGAGCGAGGUUUCAGCGCGGGGAGAUGCAGUGGUCAGGGCACGGGGUGCCACCGUGCCACGUCCCCUGAGAUGUGGCAGGGGACAGGCGCCCCGCGCCGGACGGGGGUUUCUGCACGACGUGUGGAGCGGCUCCCGGGAGCGACGGCAAACGCAGCGGGGUGGGACCGGCGCUGGGUGCAAAGUCCCAUGGCGCCGUGUCCCCAGCACGGCCCUGUCACCCACACAUCCCCGCCCAUCCCUGCGUGCCGGCGUGGGAGCCGUACCGCGUCCCCAACCAGCCCAGCGCCAUCCCCACGCGCCCUGUUUGUGUACCAACACGUCACGCGACCGCUCGUGACGGGGGGGACUUUUUAG